AUGUUUAGAUCAUUGGUUUUGGCUCUUCUCGGAGCAGCUUUUGUCAAUGCUCAAAUCGACAAUGACGAUUAUGAUAGUCCUAUUGAAAAAUUCGCUCACAAUGUUGGAAGCUGGUGAGUUCUUGAAAACGAGUUAUGACGUGGCAAUUACCAAUACUUGUUUCAGGUUUCACUUACAGUCCAGUAUGGACAAUCGAGACUAUGUCAUAGGAGUCCAGAAAUUGAUAGCCAGUUUGAAUCCAAACAAAUUCACCGCUGAUCUUUGUGGAGCUGCUAAAAAUGUCGAUACAGGUCAGGAGAGAAGAAUUAGCAAAAAAAAUUUAACAAAAAAAAUUUUUUUACAGCCAAUUUCUUGUUGUAUUUGGAUUUGCAGCGAAGAAGAUUCCAAGCUACUCCUUCUGAUAUUUUUGAAGAUAGAUACGGAUCAAGAAGAAGGGUUUGUUUGACAAAAAAAUGUUUUAAAACUUUUUGACAAAAUUAUUUCAGCCAUUCCGUGUGAGAAUCUUCAACGACUUCCAAUUCGAUAUCCAUCACACUCUCUACAGUAUUAUGAACUACAAGUUCAUAAAUACACGGUAAAAGUUAGUUCCGCGGAGAAAGAUUCAUUCAAAAUCGACAGCAUUGAAAUUGGCGGUGGAUGUGAGGAUACCGAAUUCAUUGAUUCAGAUGCAGAUGAGAGUUCGUGGAUAAGAGUUUUCAAUCAAACCGCGCAUCCGUUGGAUUAUGUCAAGCAUUUCAUCUCAAUGUAAGUUUUUUUUAUUCAAAACAUUUUUAAAAAUAAAAAUUGGCAGCUUUCCAUUUGCUGAAGCUAUUGAUGAAAGCGAUGAGAGACUUCACUUCUUCACAAAUAACUUUGUUGCAUUUAUCGACACCAACAGCGAAGUUAGAUAUGAUUUGGAUAUGUUUAUGAAAUAUAUGGCACGAUUUAAUACCCGAUAUGUUACCCGGAAAGCAGAUGUGAGUUUUUGGGGCCAUAAUUAUUUCCAACCUGAAUUUCUAUUCCAGUACGUCGAUAUGAGAACUCGUCCACGUUACACUGUCAUAACUGAAGAUCCAGAUCAUGUAGUCUUCCAAUAUAUUGUUCAUUUCGAACAUCUCUCCAAAACUGUUGAACCAUGGGAACUCGAAGUUGAAGCGAUCAAUGUUGGUGGAUUCCAUGGUUGGAGAAUUGCAAAAAUCUUUAUCCGUCCACCAUUCAAUUUGUGGAAAGAUAACCAUUAUGAAAGCACUAAAAGAACUGCCGAUGAAUUGCUAGAAUUGCUUGGAAAAGAGUGAGUUCUGAUCUAUGACUGACAUCUGACACAGUUUUGAAUUUUGAGGGUUACACGAGUGAUCAGUCGAACUGGAACUUCUUCAUUUUAUGGAAAAUAUCUGGAAUUGGCAGACAAGAACAAAAGUAGCAUUUGCCCAAAGUUCAAAGGACCUGAUGGUAAAUAUUUAAAAAUUUCUGAAAAAUAUUUUCAUUUCAAUUUUUAUUUCAGCUGGUCUUAGUUUCACAUUUGGUGAUUAUUCCGGAAUGAAAACGACUGUAAGUUUUUUCCACGUGGCAAUUCAUAUUUUGAAGUCUAUUUUUUCAGCCAUAUAUUUGGAAAAGUUAUGUAACCUAUGAUAAGAAAUCAGUCCCAACUGGGAAAAUUAUUGUGUCCUACGAAUUUGGUAUUUCACAUUUGUUUGCGUGGAAGUGCGUCACCAUUGGUUUCAAAUUUUCAGCUCAUGUAAGCUUCAAGCAUAGAUUCAAAAAAUGAAAUGUAUUCAUUUCAGGAACCGGUUUAUGACGAAUUCCACGUGGUUAGCUAUGAACUUCAAUGUGAAACCAAAUGCUGA